AUGGAGGCAGACUUUGAGGCGGAGCUGCAGCAGCAGCUGACGGAGCAGGAGGAGGCGGUGGUCGGAGUGCAGCAGCUGUUGGCGGCGGAGCCUGCCAGCACAGAGCUGGCCGAGCUUCUGUCCGAGCUGCAGGCGGCCAGGCAGGCCACCGAGGAGUCGCUGCUGGGCCUGAAGCGGCAGCGCCUGCUGGGUGAGCUGGAUGCCCUGCACGGCGGGGGCGACGCGCAGGAGCAGGGGCAGCAGCAGGCCGGCGGCGGCGGCGGCGGCGACUCGGCGCCGGGGCUGCCCCCAGGCGGCGCAUGCAUCUUCAGGCACACCGAUGGGCGGCACUACUUUGGGCGCGUGCUGCCAGGCAGCACCGCCGCUGCCACGCAGCUGGAGUUUAUGUUUCCGACGAGGGCCUUCCAGCUCGACCCUGUGGCGCUCCCAGCGGCCGCCCUGCACCCGGUGCCCGGCACCAGCCUGCUCCCCGAUCCCGCCCAGCUCCAGGCGGGGGCGCGGGUGGUUGUGAGGGCCCAGGGCAGCCUGCUGUGGUCGGCCGCUGAGCUGGCAGAGGUGGAUGCGGCGGGGCAGCAGGUGGCCGCCAUCACGCCGGCAGACAGGCGCCGGCAUGUGUUGCCGCUCUCGGCUGUCGCCCUGUCGGCGUACGCACCAAAUCCGCACGGCGGCGACAGCGGCGGCGGCGGCGGCGGCGGCGGGAUUCCUUCCGUGCUGGAAGGCAGCAGCGGGGAGGUGGGUGGCGAGGGCAGCAGCGAGGAAUCAGGCGGCGACUCUGAUGAAGCUGGGGAUGAGGAGGAGGAGGAGGAUGAGGAGGAGGAGGAGGCGGGGUCUGGCUUGGGUGCCGCCGCCUUUGGGCGUGUGAGCCUGGCCAUGGGGCAGGCCUCCACCCUGCUGCAGCAGCAGGCGCAGGCGGGGCCGCAGACCGAGACCAGCCUGUUCUUCGGCAGCGAGGCGCACAGCCGCGGCAUCGGCAGCAAGGCAAGGCCGGCUGGGUGUGCGGGCUGCCGCCGGCGGCAGGCACCAGACCUGCCCCUGCCAGCUGUGCUGCUGGCCAGGAUGGGUUUCAAGGGGGCCGGCCACGGCCUCGGGCGGCACCAGCAAGGCAUGCAGCAGGCGCUGGCGGCGACGGCGCUGAAGAAAGGGGCUGGGCUGGGUGUGGAUGGCGGUGGCGGCAUGCGCGAGGGCAGCAGCAAGCGCAAGCGCAGCGGCAAGCAGCGGCGGCGCGAGCGGGCGGCCAGGGCGGGGCUGGAGCAGCGGGAGGCGCAGCGGGAGGCGCAGUGGGAGCUGGAGCGCAAGACGGGCAGCGAGGGCCUGUUUGCCGUGCUUAACAGCAUCAUCGGCGAUGGCAGUGUGGCGCAGGCGGUGAAGGAGGCCAACCUGGGCAUGCGGCCUGCGGGGGAGGCGGGCGCCACCCGGCAGGGCCACCUGUUCGGCGGCGGCGGCGGCGGCGGCGCGGGCACGGGCAAGGCGGCUGCACCCAAGCAGGAGGACCGGCGCCAGCUGGCCAAGCGGGCAGAUGAGCUGGCGCAGCUGGGCCAGAAAGUGCAGCACCUGAGGGAGAUGGCGGCACGCAAUGCGCAGGACAAGCUGAUGAUCCCGCAGAUCCGCCGCGCGCUGGCCGAGGCGCAGGCGCAGCUGGCGGCGGCGCAGCAGCAGCACUCGGCCUCCACCAAGGCGAUCCACGACCGCGAGAAGCUGAAGCGCAUGGCCAAGUUCUAG